AUGAGGAUAUUAAAAUUUUCAGUAUUUUUGGUGGGUUUAUCUGUAACUUACUUACAGAUAGCUUUGGCAUAAAAUGAAGAAAUUGCUUAAAAGGCACAAUUAAAUAAUUAAAAUAAAUUGUAAACUGCUGACUCUUAACAAAAUGAAAUGAAUCAGUAGCUAAACAAUGAAGAUCAAUUUGAUCAUAAUUAAUAUGAAAAUUAAGUUGAAGAAGGAGAAAAUGAAGUUUAAGAUAUUGAUGGAGAAUAGGACGUAGAACAUCACUAAAAGUAUACAUCAGAUGAUCCAGAAUUUUAUACUUUUAUCAUCAUCGCUACAGUUUUAGUAGCUUUUGCUGGUAUUUGUUCUGGCUUAACAGUAGGCUAUCUAGGUAUUACCAAUCUUUAAUUAGAUAUAAUCUUAAGAAAUGGUACUUCAUAAGAAAAAGAAGCAGCUAAAAAGAUUAAACCUUUAAUUAAAGAUCACCAUUUACUAUUAUCAACACUGCUUCUAUCUAACUCUAUAGCUAUGGAAGCCCUACCUAUUUUCUUAGAUGCUGUUUGUCCAGCUUGGCUUGCUGUGUUAAUCUCUACAGUAGCUGUUGUAAUUGUAGGCGAAAUCAUUCCAUAAGCUUAUUGUACAGGAAAAUACCAAUUGAGAAUAGGGCAAUUUUUUGCUCCUCUUACUACAGUGCUUAUGAAAGUUUUAUAUUGCUUUACUAAGCCUGUUGCAAUAGUACUUGAUAAAUUACUUGGUGUUCAUGACAAUAGUAGGCUCGAAAAUAAAGAAGAUAUAGUUGGAUUGGUGGAGCUUUAGUAAAUAGAUAAUAAUAACAAACAUAACUCAAAUUUAGAUUCACAAAAAGGGUUGACUGAUGAUGAAAUAAAGUUAGUUACAAGCACUAUGCAAUUACGUGAGAAAAAUGUUACAAAACAUAUGCAACCUUAUGCAAAAAUAUUUAAGUUACCUGAAAAUUAAUUAGUAAACUAGAAGCUUUUAAAUUAAAUAGCAAGAAGAGGUUAUUCAAAUAUAGUUGUUCAUGAAGUUGACAACGAAAGUAAAGUAAUAGGUAUAUUGAAAGCAAAAUAAUUAAUAGAUUAUGUUGAUACUGAUAUAAACUCUCCUAUUAAUGAAAUUGUUAAGCUUUAAGAACCUAUUUUAAUUUCAGAAUAGACAAAUUUAUUAGAACUUAUGAUGAUUUUUUAGAAUAAAAAAUCAACUGUAGCUCUUGUUUUUGAAACUAAAAAUGUUAAGAAAAGCGAAAAUAUAUUAGACAAUUUAGAAGAUCCAUAGCUUGAAGAGAGAUUAGGAAAUCGUAAAAAUUUUAAAGGUUUUAUUUUAGGAUUAAUCAGCUUAAAGGAUAUCUUUGAAGUAAUGAUCAAUCAAAGUUUAUUAGAUGAAGAUAAACAUGAAAGCGACCCUCUGAAUUAGGUUAUUAGAACUCUUGGACAAACUGGUGCUGCUGCAAGAAGAAGAAGAAUAACAUCAAAUCAAUUUGCUUCUAUAAGAAAAAAAUAUUGA